CACUCACCGCUCAUAGCCUUGAGAGGGUGGGGACCCCAGGGCUGGACACACCCCACUGUGGCUCCAGAGCCUAGCUGGUCGGACGGACGCACGGUUGGACGCAGGACCCCGGAGCCCCGAGGUGGGCAGUGUGCCAGGGUCCCUCACAGACUCCUCAAGGCCUCCCUCCCCCGACCUGGCCGAUGAGGAGGCGCUUCAGCCCUCAGGCCAACAGUGCAGAGCGCCAUCCAGGCUAUGGGCAUCAAGACAGCGUUGCCCGCGGCGGAGCUGGGCUUAUACUCCCUGGUGCUGAGUGGGGCCCUGGCCUAUGCUGGUCGGGGUCUCCUUGAAGCUUCACAAGAUGGGGCCCACAGGAAGGCUUUCCGGGAGUCUGUGAGACCUGGCUGGGAGUACAUUGGCCGGAAGAUGGACGUGGCUGACUUCGAGUGGGUGAUGUGGUUCACCUCCUUCCGAAACAUCAUCGUCUUCGCCCUUUCUGGACAUGUGCUGUUUGCUAAACUCUGCACGAUGGUUGCCCCCCAGCUCCGCUCCUGGAUGUAUGCCGUGUAUGGGGCCCUGGCUGUGCUGGGCACGAUGGGCCCUUGGUACCUGGGGCUGCUGCUUGCCCACUGUGUCAGCCUCUAUGUGGCCUCACUCUUGGGCCAGCCCUGGCUCUGUCUUGGCCUCGGCCUGGCCAGCCUUGCCUCCUUCAAGCUGGAUCCCCUCAUCUCCUGGCAGAGCGGGUUUGUAACAGGCACUUUUGAUCUUCAAGAGGUGCUGUUUCACGGGGGCAGCGGUUUCACCGUGCUGCGUUGUACCAGCUUUGCGCUGGAGAGCUGUGCCCACCCUGACCGCCGCUACUCCCUAGGUGACCUGCUCAAGUACAACUUCUACCUGCCUUUCUUCUUCUUCGGGCCCAUCAUGACCUUUGAUCGCUUCCACGCUCAGAUGAGCCAGGUGGAGCCGGUGAGGCGCGAGGGUGAGCUGUGGCGCAUCCGGGCCCAGGCCGGCCUCAGCGUCGUGGCCAUCAUGGCCGUGGACAUCUUCUUCCACUUCUUCUACAUCCUCACCAUCCCCAGUGACCUCAAGUUUGCCAACCGCCUCCCGGACAGUGCCCUCGCUGUCCUAGCCUACUCAAACCUGGUGUACGACUGGGUGAAGGCGGCCGUCCUCUUCGGCGUGGUCAACACAGUGGCGCGCCUUGAUCACUUGGACCCUCCCCAGCCUCCUAAGUGCAUCACCGCGCUCUAUGUCUUCGCCGAAACGCACUUUGACCGUGGCAUCAACGACUGGCUUUGCAAGUAUGUGUAUGACCACAUUGGUGGGGAGCACUCCGAGGUGAUUCCAGAGCUGGGGGCCACCGUGGCCACCUUUGCCAUCACUACUCUGUGGCUUGGACCUUGUGAUAUUGUUUACCUGUGGUCAUUCCUUAACUGCUUUGGCCUCAACUUUGAACUCUGGGUGCAGAAGCUGGCAGAGUGGGGGCCCCUAGCACAGAUUGAGGUGAGUGGGGAAGGCCUGGGGCAGGGGUUGGCUGGGUCACUGGAGGGAGUGCACUGCUGCUCUCUGGAGUCUUCCAGCCACACCUGGCCCCCAAUCCGGAACUUUCUCACCACAACUUCCUGGCUGUCAGGGCAAUGGCUCCCCCUCUGGGUAUCUAGCACCCCCUCUGUGGAGUGUGGACACCUGGGCCAGGCUGUGUUGGUCAGGCCCCUCCCCUCUCUCUGGUCCUCAGUAUUCCCAUCUUUAACAACGAAAGAGGGCUGCCCUGGGGAUUCUCAGAGACCCAAGCACAUGCCCAGGACCUGGGGGAGCCCUGUGGGCAGGACCUCUGACCAACUGUGUGCUCUUUCCCCUUGCUCUCUUGCCCCACUGCCAAUGCUUUCCUGGCCUGGGCAGGCCUCUCUGUCGGAGCAGAUGUCUCGCAGGGUCCGGGCCCUCUUUGGGGCCAUGAACUUCUGGGCCAUCAUCAUGUACAACCUUGUAAGCCUGAACAGUCUUGAGUUCACAGAGCUGGUUGCCAGGCGCCUGCUACUCACAGGGUUCCCCCCGACCACUCUGGCCAUCCUAUUUGUCACCUACUGUGGUGUCCAGCUGGUGAAGGAGCGAGAGCGAACCCUGGCCCUAGAGGAGGAGCAGAAGCAGGACAAAGAGAAGCCGGAGUAGGUGGGAGGAGGCAG